UAGCUUCACACAGGUGUCGGUCUUGGUGCCGACACAUUAGGAGGUGUGUUGUCAAGAGAGUGGCUGUCAAGAUGUCUGACAAUGAAGAACAAGAACAGACUAUCGCUGAGGACUUGGUUGUCACCAAGUACAAAAUGGGAGGUGACAUCGCCAACCAGGCCCUGCGCAUGGUGAUUGAGGCGGCCAAGUCAGGGGUGUCUGUGCUCAGUCUCUGUGAAAAGGGAGACGCUCACAUCAUGGCAGAAACUGGCAAGGUCUUCAGGAAGGAGAAAGACUUGAAGAAAGGAAUUGCCUUCCCCACCAGCGUCUCAGUCAAUAACUGUGUUUGCCACUUCUCUCCCCUGAAGAGUGACCCUGACUACACACUUAAAGAUGGAGAUCUGGUCAAAAUUGAUCUUGGAGUCCAUGUUGAUGGCUUCAUCUCAAAUGUGGCUCAUAGCUUUGUUGUGGGAGCUACCAAGGAGGCGCCAGUGACCGGGAAGAAAGCUGACGUGAUAAAGGCAGCUCAUCUGUGUGCGGAGGCAGCCCUACGCCUUGUCAAGCCUGGCAACCAGAACUCAAAGGUGACAGAGGCUUGGAACAAGAUCGCUCAGUCAUUCAAAUGCACAGCCAUCGAGGGUAUGUUAUCUCAUCAGCUGAAGCAACACGUCAUCGAUGGAGAGAAAACCAUCAUUCAGAACCCCACAGACCAGCAAAGGAAGGACCAUGAGAAGGCAGAGUUUGAGGUGCAUGAGGUCUACGCUGUUGAUGUGCUGAUCAGCACUGGUGAAGGGAAGGCCAGGGAUGGAGGCCAGAGGACCACCAUUUAUAAGAGGGACCCCAGUAAGCAGUAUGGGCUGAAGAUGAAGACCUCCCGCAUGUUCUUCAGCGAUGUGGAGCGACGCUUCGACGCCAUGCCCUUCACUCUCAGGGCAUUUGAGGAUGAGGCCAAAGCCCGCCUGGGCGUGGUGGAGUGUGCCAAACACGAGUUGCUACAGCCUUUCAGUGUGCUCAAUGAGAAGGAGGGAGAGUUUGUGGCCCAGUUUAAGUUCACAGUGCUGCUAAUGGCCAACGGCCCCCAUAAAAUCACCAGCGGACCAUUUGAGCCAGAGCUCUACAAGUCAGAGCACGAGGUGCAGGAUGCAGAACUGAGGACUCUGCUACAGAGCACAGCCAGUCGCAAAACACAGAAGAAGAAGAAAAAGAAGGCCUCCAAGACUGUGGAAACCACUACUGGACAGCCAACCGAGGAGAGCAACAAGGCUGCAGAGUAGAUGCCUACCUGUCUUCAGCCACACUGACAUGCGCACACACACACACACCAUAUAACAAACUUAGAAAGUGAAUCUAAAUAUUUCCCAACUGUUAGCUCUUUUUGACCCUCAUGCCCUUUUCUAGUAUUUGGCCCAUUGAAUACAUUGAUAGAUUUGGAGUUGAGCCUGUUGGGAAUGCUCUCAUCUGUUGAAAAAAACAAUUUUAUUUGUAGCCAUUCAGUUGAAUCUGGAGUCUGAAUAAGAGUCACACCCUUGUAACACAUAUAUGGAGUUUAUUUUACAUUGAUAUUUAACUGGAGUAUGAGAUUGGGGAAACACAUUUUUGGAAUAUGAUGGAUAAAAAACCUUUUCUAGCAUUGUGUUUUUACACCUUAUCGUUAGGUGAUGUACCUGACUUCAUAAAUGUUGCAAUCUAUAGGUGAAGUGUUAUGAACUUUUUAAAUUAAAAAUGUAUACAAAGUA